GAACUUCUCAGGCCCAGGAGCACCUUCUUCUUCUUUCUUCCUCGACGGUUAACAAACUCGGAGCGACGGUGUGGACCGUGAUCAAACCCGACGGGAGAGGAUGAUCGGCCGGCGUGCUGGAACUAAUCGGAUCGGUAUGAGGAGGGACGACUCCUAUCUGACUCGGUUCGUUGACUCAGUGUUCUCUCUCUUCCGAUUAGCUGAGUUUGAGAUCCUGUUCGUGCUGUUCUUCAUUAUAGCCUACGUCAUCUUCAAAGAUCUGACGGCGAGGCCGGAGUACAAUCGGAUUCUGGUCGAGAAGCCCGGUGGAUCUGACAUCUGGCCGUUUUAGUUUGAAAAUAAUCAAACUCGUGCAUGUUUCUGUAGAACGUAUGUGCGUGUACACAGCAAUGGUGUACUCUUGUGAAUGUCACUUUGUUCAAUUCUUCAAUGUAAGCAAUUAGAUGCCAUUACUAUAUACACUUGAACAUGUACAUGUUCAUUUAGAUCUUUUUGGAAUCACAAGAAACUGAUAUAGAUUCAUGAGUUUCAGUUGAAUUCUAAGCCA